UGUUGAAGCCCGGCCUGGCGGCGGCGGUGGCGGUAGCUGCCGUGGCGGCCUCUGCGCAUGCUCCGUCGCCCGCCCGCCCUGGCUGCUCGCCGCCCGCCCGCCCGACGGAGACGCAGCCCCAGCUAUCUGACUUCAUGUGAAAAAUGGCUAAUGCAGAAGUGAGUGUCCCAGUGGGGGAUGUGGUUGUAGUACCCACUGAAGGAAAUGAAGGGGAGAACCCUGAAGACACUAAAACUCAAGUGAUCUUGCAGUUACAGCCUGUGCAACAAGGGAUAUAUGAAGCCGGGUCGGAGAACAACACAGCAGUUGUAGCAGUAGAAACGCACACGAUACACAAAAUUGAAGAAGGGAUUGAUGCAGGCACUAUAGAAGCAAAUGAGGAUAUGGAAAUUGCUUACCCCAUAACUUGUGGGGAGAGCAAAGCCAUCCUCCUCUGGAAGAAGUUUGUGUGUCCGGGAAUAAACGUGAAGUGCGUCAAGUUCAAUGAUCAGUUGAUCAGUCCCAAGCAUUUUGUUCAUCUGGCUGGCAAGUCCACUCUGAAGGACUGGAAGAGAGCUAUUCGUCUGGGUGGGAUCAUGCUCAGGGAUAUUUAUAACUUUUUCAUUAAAUUCACUGUUCUCACCUCUACUGGAUUGCUUUUAGGUAGCAUCACACAGAUUGCCAUCUCAGAAGAGAGCAUGGAAGAGGCAGGGCUGGAAUGGAACUCAGCUCUCACUGCUGCUGUCACCAUGGCCACGGAGGAGGGUGUAAAGAAAGACUCAGAGGAAAUUUCAGAGGACACUUUGAUGUUCUGGAAAGGAAUAGCUGAUGUAGGGCUGAUGGAAGAGGUUGUCUGCAAUAUACAGAAGGAAAUAGAGGAGCUACUCAGGGGAGUUCAGCAGCGGCUCAUCCAGGCUCCUUUUCAGAUCACAGAUGCUGCUGUUCUCAACAAUGUAGCACACACAUUUGGUCUAAUGGACACAGUCAAGAAGGUUUUAGACAACAGAAAGAACCAAGUAGAGCAGGGAGAAGAACAGUUUCUCUAUACUCUGACAGACUUGGAACGCCAGUUGGAGGAGCAGAAGAAGCAAGCCCAGGAUCACAGGCUGAAAUCUCAGACAGUUCAAAAUGUGGUACUGAUGCCUGUGAGCACUCCUAAGCCUCCAAAAAGGCCCCGGCUCCAGCGGCCAGCCUCCACCACUGUCUUGAGCCCUUCUCCUCCUGUCCAGCAGCCUCAAUUCACAGUCAUCUCACCCAUCACUAUCACCCCAGUGGGUCAGUCAUUUUCCAUGGGCAAUAUUCCAGUGGCCACCCUCAGCCAGGGCUCCAGUCCUGUGACUGUCCACACAUUGCCUUCUGGCCCUCAGCUCUUCCGCUAUGCCACAGUGGUCUCCUCUGCCAAGAGCAGCUCACCAGACACAGUGACCAUCCACCCUUCAUCUAGCUUGGCGCUGCUGAGCUCUACUGCCAUGCAGGAUGGGAGUACACUGGGCAACAUGACCACCAUGGUGAGCCCUGUGGAAUUGGUGGCCAUGGAGUCUGGCCUAACCUCGGCAAUUCAGGCUGUUGAAAGCACCUCAGAGGAUGGGCAGACCAUCAUUGAGAUUGACCCAGCCCCAGACCCAGAGGCUGAAGAUACUGAGGGCAAAGCAGUCAUCUUGGAGACAGAGCUGAGGACUGAAGAGAAAGUUGUGGCUGAGAUGGAAGAACACCAGCAUCAAGUUCACAAUGUGGAGAUUGUGGUCUUAGAGGAUUAACUGGGGAUCUCAGGGUCAGGAGUUAUGUUUCGAUUUGGAAUUUUAAUUAUUUGUUUAUUUUUAUCAUUGUCCCACUCAUUUCCACAUAGGACCCUUUUUAAAAAAAAAAAAAAAAACAAAAUCUUAUUGUUAUAACUGAAAAUGUUGGGUUCCUCCCACUCCCUCAUUGAAGACUGGACAAAACAAGCUGCCCUUUCAGAAGUUGAGAGUAGGUAAUUCAAUGUCCUAAUCAUCUUACACCAAGAAAGUAAUUUCUUUUAGGGAAAGUGUCAAGAUAUCAAGUAACCCUGUCCAGAAAGCCAUUUCCAGGCUCAUCUGUCUGUGUAGGCAUGUGGUUUUAUUCUUGUAAAGAUACAUUGACCAAACUCUGGAACACAGAUCUGACACUGGAAGGCAACCCAUUCGCAUGUGGAUGCAGAAGGGCACUUUAUUUUGUAUCCUGAAAAGGGCCUACAGUGGCCAGUACAAAACUCUGAAACAAAAGGAAGUUGACUCUACUUUGAGGGGAAGGUGGCAUGCCAGCACUAGCUUAAAAAGGGAAGUAUUGGCUGGGCGUGGUAGCUCACGUCUAUAAUCCCAGCACUUUGGGAAGCCAAGGAGGGUGGAUCACAAGGUCAGGAGUUUGAGACCAGCCCGGCCAACAUGGUGAAACCCCGUCUCUGCUAAAAACACAAAAAUAAUUAGCCGGGUGUGGUGGCGGGCACCUGUAAUCCCAGCUACACGGGAGGCUGAGACAGGAGAAUUGCUUGAACCUGGGAAGGCAGAGGUUGCAGUGAGCUGAGAUCACACCACUGCACUCCACCCUGGGUGACAAGAGUGAAACUCCGUCUC